GACUUUUUAAAAACUUCAAUACUAGAUACUGAGAUCUGGUGGUGUAGUUUAUUUCCUCAGUGUUAUCUUAAUUAGAUGUUCGAUGUAUAUAUUUCAUUGAUCUGAGAUAUUUAAUGAUUAGAUAUUUCAUAUUGUUCUUUUAAUAUUGCCUGCCGGGUGACCAGUGACUUCACAUUGCCUACCAAGUGACCAGUGACUUCACAUAGCCUGCGGAGUGGCCAGUGACUUCGCAUUGCCUGACUAGUGGCCAGUGACUUCACAUUGCUUGACUAGUGACCAGUGACUUCAAAUUGCCUGCCGGGUGACCAGUGACUUCACGUUGCCUGACGAGUGGCUAGUGACUUCACAUUGCCUGACGAGUGACCAGUGACUAAACAUUGCCUGACUAGUGACCAGUGACUUCACAUUGCCUGCCUAGCGACCAGUGACUUCACGUUGCCUGACGAGUGGCUAGUGACUUCACAUUGCCUGCCUAGUGACCAGUGACUUCACGUUGCCUGACGAGUGGCUAGUGACUCACAUUGCCUGACGAGUGGCCAGUGACUUCACAUUGCAUGCCGAUUGGCCAGUGACUUCACAUUGCCUGCUGAGUGACCAGUGAUCUCAGGUUUCCUUGUUCUUUUCAUUAUGCUUUUCAAGUCCAGGUUCCACCUAGUUUUGUGUGUGUUGGUCGGUGGGGCUUAUGGAGUUGACCCGCGUCAGUGCAAUAAGAUUGACUCUUGCAGCUGCAAGUUUGCUGACAACGGGGCUGUGGUCAACCUCCGGCCGCUGGCCAAAUCUAACGGUGCAUCAUUAUUUAAAGACAUCUAUGCUAAAGAUGGAUACUACUAUUCUUAUAACCCCUGUGUUCCUUUCGAUGAGGAAGAGUGCCAUUCAGCUUCGAUGUGCAAACGUUUGUCCACGAAUUCUUCAGUCUCACUUGUCGCAGAUCAAAACAAUGUGAACUUUGGGCCCAAUGAGAAUGGAGUCCAAUUGACUUAUCUCCCGAGUGGACUGGGCAAUAUCGUGACUGUUAGCUUCAAGUGUGUCCAAAACUCAAAGCCUCUAUUUAUACCUUACGGCUUCGACAAUGUCACAAAACAGUAUAAUUUUGAAGUGGAAACAAUGUGUGCCUGUGAUAACGCUUGCCAUACUGCCCCGGAAACUGGAGGAAUCAGCACCGGAUCUAUCUUACUGAUCAUAUUUUUUGUUAUGAUCUUUUUGUAUCUGACGAUUGGCGCCAUCAAUGGAAAGAUCAAUGGACAAUCUUCAGGAUUACAAGUGUUGCCUCAUUAUGAAUUCUGGGUAGGAUUUCCAGGUCUGGUUAAGGAUGGUUGCCUGUUUGCUGUCAGAUGUGUAUGCUGCUCUACAGGUGUUACUUCCUAUGAUAAAGUGUAAACUAUAGAGUCAGUGAAACAAUAAAUAUUUUGAAAGGCAAACUGUCUCACAGAUUUCAUGUUUGUUUCAUUGUUUCACUAUGAUCUUUAGACUUGAGGGGAAAAAAGGUAGAAUUGGUUUCAUUGACUCAAUGUAUUCACACUUUAUAGAGUGAGUCAACACACACAAACACACACAAGCAAAGAGACACAUGCACACACGUAUAGAGAUUCUGUGACCUCAUAUCUCUAAGCAUCGAAACUUUGGUUCAAAAUGAGGCAAAACUGACGUACUUUUUUUUUCUUGUACUAUAUACUAAAGUAAAGUUCCCCAUUCAGAACUUACGGUUUAUGGGGCAUAUGAUGUACAGGUAAUCUGUUUCUGUGACCUACGUUAAUGAGGGUGGCAUGUGGCCAGUACAACAAUAACAACCUUUACCUUUACCAAACUAAUUUUACGUACCUAGUAGAGCUGGACGGACUCAGAGGCACUCUAAAGAUCCCGAAAUUAAAAACCCCAGUCUUCAACUGGAUUCAAACCCAGGAGCCAUAGGUUUGAAAGAUAGGGCGCUUUACCUUUCAGCCACUUCGCCUCCCUACUAUAUACUGGACUGCGCAAAAAUGUUAAGCCCCACUCCCUUUCAAUAAUCAAAACAAAUCAGCUACACAAGUGAAUAAACACAUACACAAAACAUAUAAAAUUGAGAUGCACAUAAGACCUACAUGUUUCAAAAGAUAAAUUUGCAGUCCACAUUGCUACAAUAAGCUACUUAACAUAAGACAUUUUAUGAGUAUUUUUGUAUAUUUGGCUGUAACAUGAACAUAUAUAAAAUACAAACAUAAAUCAGCUGGUUUACAGUUAGUCAUUAGUUUGGUCCUUCUUGUUUUGUGAACUUGGAGACUCAUUUUGCUUCAUACUGACUGUUACCUCGUUGGCAUAUCAAAGCAGAGAACCAUUUGAAACCUUCC